AUGUCUGCUUUUGCCAAUCAAGCUUUAAUCAGGAAUAAUGACUAACCUCUUCUCAUUUUUGAAAUCAAGGGAAAUGAGAUAGUUCAGUUUAAAGACUAAUUAUUGAUUAGAGUAGGAGGAUUUGGUGUGAUGAAGCCUAUGAGAACGCCAACAUAGAAAGAAAUUGGGCCGAUGGGCCAUCGAGAUUAGGACAUAUGCUAUAGUUCGACUGUAGAAAGCUAUUAUAUUGACAACCAAGGAUUUUUAAAGGGUCCGCAUUUUGGAGAACUAAAUGAAUGCAGAUAAGACUGCUCAAUAUCCAUCCAGGGGAAACACUUAUAUGUUUAUGGGGGCUCUAAGUACGACAGCAAAAGCAAAAAGUUGCUUUCUGUAAAAUCAAUCGAGAGCUAAGAUAUAAACAACCCACAAAAGCUAUUUAAACUUUUCAAAGUAAAAAGAAUUUCACAGUUGGACAAGAUCCGAUCAUUGAUCCCGCUAGAUGAUAGUUCAAUUUUGAUCUUUGGGUAAAAAAGCAAGGAAGCUUGGUCAAAAGGGAAAAUAGUUUCGUCAAGCACAGAAUUCUAAUGCUUCACUGUUUAAAUAAAUGAUUAAGAAGAGGAGAAAAAGAAUGAUCAAGAAAUUAAAGUUAUCAGAGAGAUUCCAUGGUCAACUGCUAGUUUAAAUUAGAAGAAGUACAAUAUUGAUGAAAUGCAAGCCUAUUCUAACUUUUAAGAUGUUAGAAUUAUAGGUAAGGAUGUAUAUCUUACGAAUUGCUAUGGAUUGUGCAAAGUUUCAUUGGAUUAAUAGUACCUAACAUUUAUUGCUUGCCCUGAAAUUUGCUGCGAAAUAUAGGCAUAUCAAUUGGAGCCUGAAUUCGGUUCUUCCAAAAGGGGUUCAGAUAAACCAUUUUUAGCUAUGAAGAAGACAGUUACUGGAGCUAAGAAAGCUAAGAAGAAAUCUAAAUGA